AUGAAGCAUGCCUUCGAGAGGCGUGUUCAGGACGUUCAGUCGCCCAAGAGCGACAUCAACGCCCUGAUCCUCGACUACCUGACUAUGGAGGGCUAUCCUAAUGCUGCCGCAAAAUUCAGCAAGGAAGCCAAUCUGCAACCCUACCAAAUCGACGAGACGAUCAAGGUCCGUCAGCAGAUCCAGAAGUCAAUCCACACCGGAAGCAUUCAGUCCGCCAUUGAGGCGCUGAAUGAUUUUGAUUCGGAGAUCCUGGACCGUGAUCCGACUUUGCACUUCGCUCUGCUUCGUCUGCAGCUCGUUGAACUGAUUCGUUCGUGCACGAACACUCCUGGCGGUGAUAUUACUCCCGCCUUGACGUUUGCUACAAAUCAUCUAGGGCCUCGGGCGCCAACUGAUUCUCGUUUCCUCAAGGAUCUUGAAGAGACGAUGGCGUUAUUGAUCUUUCCUCACAACGAUCUUGAACCUCAGCUGGCAGCCAUUCUGCACCCAGACCUGAGACGGGAUGUGGCAGAUGACGUCAACAAGGCCAUCUUGCAGCGUCAAUCGGAGCGUAGGGAGGCAGCGAUUCGACAGCUAGUCAAGAUGAGGGCUUGGGCCGAGUCCACUGCGAGAGCAGAGAAGAAGGCACUUCCCGACCGAAUUGGACUCGGCUUGAAUGGAGAUGAGAGUGACGGGCAUGAUCAAAUGCAGCUGUCUUAG